GGGCCCCGCCGCUCCCGAAGGGGACCUAUAUAAGUUGACUCGCGGUCGGUAUAACACGAUCCUAUAACACAAUCGCGUCUGCCUCAUCAGCGACGAAACAUGCGUCUUCCCGUGCUGUCUCUCUUGUUCUGCAUCGGCCUUGCGCUCGCCCAGCACAAUCAAUACCCCGUGACCACGCCGGUGCCCAUUUUAAAGCAGAUAAAUAAACAUAACGAGGACGGUAGCUACAGUUAUGGAUACGAGGCAGCGGAUGGUUCUUACAAGAUCGAAUCGAAAUAUCCAACUGGAGAAGUAUAUGGAAAAUACGGAUUCGUCGAUGAUACGGGGAAUAUUCGAGAAGUGGAAUAUGGAGCGUCCAGACGCGGAUUCGAGCCAGCAGGUUCUGGUAUAAACGUACCACCGCCAACCUUGACUGGUAACAGUAUCGCAAAUCCAAAUCAACCCGAGGACGAUGGCCAAUAUAGAGAGGAUCCCUCCGUUUAUUACACGGAUCCUCGAUAUACAAACGGAGAACGAUAUGAAGCUCGUCAACCUUUGGUCCAGAAUCAACCGCGACCAAUUCCGGCACCGAUCUAUAAUCCACCCAGGUAUCCUACGCAAGUGCAAUAUCAACCGAAGCCACAAUAUCAACCGAAGCCACAAUAUCAACCGGAAUAUCGACCGCAAUAUCAACCACAAUAUCAGGCCCAACAACAGCGACCCGCGUAUCCAGCCACGCCGACUCAAAGCGGAAUUCAAGGUCGUCCGGCACCCGUCGAUCCCAAUGCCGGGUUAGCCUCUUACUCGGUUACUUACAGGCGAUAGGGAUCCUUCGAUCACGUUAGCAUGUGUAAAUAUUGCGUUAUUCGUAGCAAUUUCCGGGACGUGUUGCAGAGAUUGUAGUUUGGGCCAGUUCGUUUAUUUUUAUUCGAUUCCCAAACCAUUAAUUUUAGGCUGAUUUUCUGAUAAUUACGCUGUUACGUUUCUUUUCUUGGUGAAUGUUAAUAUUUGAAGGACAAAUAUUUCUUUUAUUUAUUAAUAUGUCGAUAGGAAGUUUAAAAACGUACAUCUUGCAAGUUAGACGACAUACUCAUGAUUUGUUUUUUUUUUUAUUUGUUAAUGUAAUUUUUAUACAUAUAGCUAUUGUUUCUUAAAAACGUACUUUUCAACCUACGUACAUAUUAAUAAUAUAUUCUUAUUAGUCGAUGACAUCUAAAAACUAUAAAGAUCGGGAUACUCUUUUGUACGAACUAUGAGAAAGUUAAAGUUUCUUCCUGUAAUUGUUUAAAUAAUAUUUACGUAUAUAAGCGGCAUCUAAAAUAUUCAUCUCACGCAAAACAAUAUCUGUUUAGUUCCGUUCUUUUUUUACUCCUUUUAAUAAGAGCAACAGUAUGAAACAAUAAUCCAUUACAAUAACAAACAUUGUAUUAAACUUCAAUUUCUCGUCCUUCAAAUGUUAACUAAACAGAAGUAUCUCCAUGGUGUAAUUUAUCUUCUAUCGUCUCAUAGAACAUUUCGAUAUUCUUCUACAUCUACGUUUUAUCUUUCGAAAAUUUCCUAGAAAUCUCUUCUGCAGAAUGUUGAUAUAAAUCAACUGAGCUUUCGUAUUGAUAAUAAUUUGUAGAGCUGCUAUAAAUCACCCAUAUCUUAAUAUGGCAUCGAACGCAUCAAUAUUCAAGAUAACAAUCUACAGAACACAGAAUACUAUGUUCAGGAAGACAUUCUGCCACUUAAUAUUCUACAUGAUUCUCACUCUUACUUAUCUUCCAAACUCUUGGUAAUACUCCAACAUGUCCAGUUAGACUCUGAAAGUAGUUCCUUUGUAAAAUUCUACCUCCUCCUCACUUUUCUACCUCUUCUCUUACCAGUUCUUUUUACUUGUUCUGUCUACCUCUUCGUUCUUACUUCUAUGACUCAUUGUCGGUUAUUUACAUUUCCUGUUAUUUAGCCGUUUUUUCUGUGUCACCUAAACGCUCAAGGCAUCAUGUUUCACGAUUAUAUUGUCCACUUCGCGUAUAUCAUUUGGCAAUAGGAAAGAAAUCUUGAUUUAUGUACGGUCGUAUCUGUAUCUACAAUUUAAUCGUCUAACUCUCAUAGCACAGAUUAUGGUACAAGAUAAAAUGUUGGAAAUUUUGUUAAUUUCAUCGGUAUGAAAGUUGAUCAUAUAACGCUUAAGGAUAUCGUUUCAUUUUUUAGUUCAAUUUCUAAUUUUUCAUUUACUAAGUUGAUCACUGUGACUUCCCACUUCCUCCAUUUAUCAUACGAGUGACAAACGAAGGUCUAUAAAUCCAUACUUAUUGAUUUCUUAAUUUUUAUGUCAUAAUAUUGAUAGUAUAUUUAAUCUUAAAAUUAUUGAAAUAGAUAUUAUACUAUAACUAUAUACGAUACUAAAAUGCAUUAGAGCCUAUAAAAUAUCAAUUUGUUUAUACCACCUAUAGCAUAAAUAAAAAAAUGUAUCCUAGUAGAUGCUUAUGAGAAUUGGAGGAUUAAAAGAUACGCAAUAUUCCGAGAGAAAAAUCGAGAAAGAACGGAAUGUCGAGGAACAAGCCUCGUUCUUCCGCCUCACCUUCGAACAGGAUGAACAAUUCGUGAGUUAUGCGAAAUGGAAUCCUGAUCAUAAUUCCCGUCAAUGUUAAUCAUCUUGUCGCGUGGAAUUACGAAUGCAACCAUGGCUGAACUUGACACGUUGGUAAAAAAAUUCGCGAGGUUGGCAUAACUACGUGUGGCCUUCCGAUGCUAUCGAUCGAACGAUGCAAGCAAACGACUCGUUCAACGUCCAACGUAGGCGGCGAUCCACCUUCGUGUGUCGCGAUUAUGCCCGCGAGAUUUCUCUGUGGUGAACAAUCGACGACGAGACAUUUGCAUUUUACCCGACUGGUUAUCUUUUCUGUGAAAUUCAUGGUAGUCGUAAAUGCAUUGUAUUGACCAAUUAAUCGUCCUCGAAUGUGUAUACAGAAAUCGGUAGACAUGCAGAAUGCAGCAUAGAUAAUGUAAUAAUAAUAGAGUAGACGUUGGACGUUUAUAGUAGUUAGGAAUUUCGAAACGUUUUGAAUAGUUGUUUAUAAGUUGAUGGAAGAAAGUGCAUGUAUUUGUAUGUUAGGGAUACUAAUAUUAUUUCGUGUAUCAAUUUCAUUCAUUGUUUUAUGAUAACUUAAUGUAUUGUGUAAUAAAAAACUUUUGCAAAAU